UAGUCGAUAUAUCUCAUCGCAAUUAAAUAGAUGUACUUCAGUAUAUAAAUAAAAUAGAAUAAAAUAAGUAAAUGCGCUGGAAUAUGCAUUCGCGCUAGCCGAAAACAACUGGAAAAUGUGCGCGGGGCACCCAAGUCGAAUGUAGACCGUUAUCCGUGCUGGCCAGGGUGACGAGGGACCACAAAACUGAUAAAUCCGAGGCCGACGCCCACUGAACGCAGUUUCCUGUACAGGAGUGUAGUGCUUUGGAUAAACGCAAUUUGGAUAGCAUAUAGAUAUAGGCCGCCAGGCGAACCCCCGAAACGUAAGCGCAAUGUCACAAGUAAUACCCAACACGCCCACACCCCAAAUGCUGACGACAUCAACGCCCAUAGAACCCAUGAAACCACCACCAGCGUUUCCCACGCUAGGCGGUGCAAACAUUCACGAGCAGGCGUCCGAUAUGAUUAUGAGGGCCUCCACGAUUUUCGGGGACAUGAAGCACGACGACGGGAAUCUGGAGAACGUGCCCCACCACCACGGCGUUGGAGUUGAGACUGAGCCGGACGAGGAUUCUCCGUACGGCGACAACGGCAGCAGCUCCAAGAUCCGGAUAAUGCCCAGUGUCAAGCUAAUGGCCACGCCGCACGCCUCCGAUCCCAAGCGCAAGUUCGUCUGCCCGUACGACAAUUGUACAAAGAGCUACGGCAAGAGCUCCCACCUGCGGUCCCACCUCACCUGGCACACGGGCAUCAAGCCGUUCGUCUGCAGCGAGCCCAAGUGCGGCAAGGGAUUCACGCGCUCCGACGAGCUCAAUCGGCACCUGCGGACGCACACCGGCGAGAAGCCCUUCGAGUGCAUCCAGUGCAGCAAGAAGUUCUCGCGCAGCGACCACCUCACCAAGCACCUGGCCACCCACGACCGCCAGCUGAAGGGCAGCACGCCGAAGAGAUCGGUGCCGAGCGGCGGCGGCGGUGGGCGGCUCAAGCCCUCGAAGAAGCACUCCCCAACGGAGUCGGACUCGGGCUUCCACUUCAUUGCCGCGAUGGUUGGAUGUGGGGAGCCCAGUAUGGAGCACCACCACCAGCAGCAGCAGAAUCUACACCAGCAGCCCGCGGAGAUCGAUGACUGUCAUCACAAGCCGCUGAAGAUCAAGCUGGAGAGGCCGGAGCACAGCGACAAGUACCAGAUUGUGUCGCCGGAGCACCAGCAUGCGCAUCCGCAUGCGAAUCCGGGCCAGAACCAGAGCCAGCUGCCAUCUUUCCUAAACCAGGCCAAGCCCGAGGUGAAAUAUGAGCCGGCCGACGAAAUUGUAAAUACCCUCUCUCAGUUACCACCUGCCGACGGGCCCGGCACCUACGGAAUGCCGCAGUUCGUCCAGGAUCGGCCCUUCCGCUGCCGGCAGUGCGAGAAGCGGUUCAAGCGGCAGGACGACCUCAACCGGCACAUACGAACGCACACCGGCGAGAAGCCCUACGCCUGCCCGCAGUGCUGUCGCCGCUUCGUGAGGAGCGACCACUUGAAAAAGCACCAGCAGACGCAUUUGAAGAUACGAUAGUUUCUUAGUUAUACUCCUUAAGUCGCUAGCCAUUGGCAUCCGCAUCAGCAUCAGCACCCAAUAUAUAUUGGGCUAACAAACACGGCGUGUGUCGUCGGGUGACGCGCACAGUACAAUAAAAUUAAAUAAAUUCGCAAUCUAACAUUAUUCCUAUGCAAGAUCUACGCUGGCUCUUAAAUCUCAAUCUGUAUGUAUGUAAAUAAGUCGUAUGCAAUUUUAAUUUUAACUCUAAUUGUUUUGUGUUUGCCAGAACAUGAAGAUAUAUUUUUAAA